ACUAUUUUCUCUUCUUCUCAUCCGCACUAUCCAUCCAUUCAUGGCCCUCCAAGUCUUGACUUUGAGUCCACCCAAAGGGAUUAGGAUUCCAAAUGGCUAAUGAUUUUUUUUCUUGUGAUUGGUCUUCCCAGUCGUGCAUUCAGAAUCUAACAUUUUUGGUUUAUCUUGAUCUACCUCUUUUUUUUUUUAUUUUUUAUUUGUUAGACUUAGGUUUGUUGUUGGACUUUUUUCGGCUUUUUGUUGUUUUCUCUCUAACUGGUAUUAUUCAUGAUUGAUUGAUUUUCAUUCCCACAAUGAGUACUUCCAAUAUCUCUCACUCAAUAUUGAUUUGGUCUCUGUUAGUUAGGGUUUUCUGAUAUUUUUUUAUUUCAUUCAAUUGGGUUUUUGCUUUGGGAUUUGAUUUUAUCAACUAUUGAUCCACACUUGCCUCUUUGUGUUUGAUUUGGAUCUGGGUUGGGUUAGUUUGAUUUUGUUGUUUGGUGAAGUGAGAGAUAGAUAUGUUUGGUUCAGGUAUGAAUUUGAUUACUACAAUUAUUGGGUUUGGAAUGAGUGCUACUUUCAUUGUGUUUGUCUGCACCAGACUAAUAUGUGGUAGGCUUCGAGGAGCUGAGUCAAGGCAGAUGUUUGAGAUUGACUCAAGGAUUGAUCUUGAACAGCCAGUGCAUAGGAUUUCUGGUCUUGAACCAGCUGCGAUUGCUGCAAUCCCUACAAUGAAGUUUAACCGUGAGGCAUUCAGUUCUUUGGAAGAUGCACAGUGUACAAUAUGUUUGGGACAGUACCAAGAGAAAGAAGUAUUACGAAUCAUGCCUCAAUGCGGCCACAAUUUUCAUCUAUCUUGCAUUGAUGUAUGGUUAAGGAAACAGUCUACCUGUCCAGUUUGCCGGCUCCCUUUACAGGAGACUUUCGAAACAAAAUAUGCCAGACCUGUAGCAUUUGCUAUGUCCCGGCAUGUGGGAAAUUAUGAGUUUUCAAUGAAUCAUUCUCGGCAAUGGCUGAUUCCUGGUGCUGAGCAUUCUGAGGAGAAUGGAAGUAACCAAGGGCACAUUGAAUCCACAACUAGAAACCCGGAAUCUACUAGUUCUGGAGAAGCAGGAACAAGAUAAUGAUUGAAUCUACUAGUUCCAGAAGCCUUUGCUUCUUGAUAGUAACUUUCUGGUGUAGAAGUAGUUAUCAGCAUGAUCUAUUGGAUUGCUACAAGUGAAAUGGGAUUUAGGUCUUCAAGACUUCAACAGGGGUUGAAAUUUGCAUGAUAGGAUGUUUUUAUACACCUUGUAUGUAGAUGGAACCAAUUCAGAUGAUUUAAAUUAUUGUUUCAAAAAUCAUUAGAACUUCAUAUGGUUUGUAAAGGAGGCUUAGAUUACGUUGGCAUUUCAUUUAUAGCAUGAUUCUAUCUUGUAUAAUAUUUUGAAUUUUUUGCAAAUAAAACACAAAUUAUAUCAAAACUGUUAUUUAAAUUA